AUCUUUGCGACACACAAUGCGAUGCUGGAAGUGGCAGGGGCAGUAAUCUUUAUUUCGUCAUUUCUGAAACAUAGGAGAGGUAACGGAAGCAAGUACAAUGCUCAAUCUUAGACGAUCGCUUCGUAUGACCGGACUUUUUCUUGAAAGGGGAUGUCAUCAUGGGAGGAAUUAGCUCCACAUCUAAACCCUACACUGAAAAACAAGGCCCUCUCUCCACAGCAGCCCCAACAACUAGCCCUGCACCCUGUCUCUCUAACCACCACAACAAAAAACAUUUAAUCCUUGCCUUUUGUGCUGGGGUUCUACUGACGCUGCUGCUGAUAGCCUUUAUCUUCCUCAUCAUAAAGAGCUACAGAAAAUGUCACUCCAAGCCCUGGGCCCUGGAUCCUCACCCAGAUCCUCUGGCCAAGCUUUCAUCCAUCCCAGGGGAAUCACUUACCUAUGCCAGCAUGACUUUCAAACUCUCAGAAGAUAAGAGCAAUCACUUGGCUGAGAACCAUUCUGCAGACUUUGACCCCAUUGUCUAUGCUCAAAUUAAAGUGACAAACUAACCCGGCUUUUCCAAUG